AUGACUUGUAAACCAAAUGAUGAAGUUUUUCAAAAUUUCGAAGAUCCCGGUGAAUGGCCUUGUAAUUUAAGCAUUAGAGAAAGAGAUAUAAUUAUCAAAAAAGGUCUCAUUGAAAUAACCGAUCACGAUUUUCCAAUAAAAUCUAGUGAUGAUGUAGUAAAGAGAAAAUUCACAGUUAAACAUUAUAAUAGAAUUUUAUCUAAUGGCGAAAAAGUUAAACGUAGAUGUUGUGAAAUAAGAAUGAAGAAAAACAUAACAAUUGAUAAACAAAAUUUAGCAUUAAUUAGAAAGGAAACUGAACAUUGGCGGGCAGUUUUAACUCGUAUUCUUCAUAUUGUACAUUAUUUAUCAGAACGAAAUCUUGAUUUUCGUGAGAUCUAUUCAUCGACUGGAGAAAAUAUUAGUUUGACUAUUCUUUCAGAAUUAGAUACAAUUGGCUUAAAUAUAGAAGAUUGUAGAGGGCAGGGAUACGAUAACGGUGCUAACAUGAAGGGCAAGUAUAAAGGAGUACAAGCAAAAAUUCUUCAAAAAAAUCCAAAAGCAUUUUUCACUCCAUUGUCACAGUCUAAAUCUGCUAUAAGGAGAUAUGGCAAAAUGUGGUCUAUUUCAAUAAAAAAUAUUCCUAAUUGUACAGUAAAACGAUUAUCAGAAACUAGACGGGAAAGCAGGAUUGAGAGCGUAAAACCUAUAAGAUAUCAUACUGCCUUAAUUAGAGAUUCUUUUUUAGAAAUAGCUGAAACUACAAAUGAUUCUACUAUAAAAAGUGAAGCUCAAUCACUUGCGUUAAAUAAAUUGGAAAAUUUUGAAUUUAUUGUGAGCGUAGUGAUAUGGUAUGACCUUCUUCUAUUAGUUAAUAGUGUUAGCAAACUAUUACAGUUAAGUGAUAUGAACUUGGAUGUCGCAGUUAACGGUUUAAAAUGUCUACUAAAGUUUUUGAAAAAUUAUAGAGAUAUUGGAUUUACUUCUGCAAUAGUUGAUGCAAAAGAGAUUGUAAGUAUUUUAAAAAUUAAUCCUGUGUUUAAAGAGACAAGGACUCGAAAAAUAAAACGAUUAUUUACUUAUGAACAAGAUGAUGAACCAAUAAACUUGAAUAAGACACCAGAAGAAAAAUUUAAAAUUGAAUAUUUUUAUCAAAUUUAUUCUAAUAUCUAUGGGUUCUUAUAUUCUCCUGAAAAAUUACGUGGUAUAAGUGAAAAUGACUUAGUGAAAUGCUGUUUUGAUUUGGAUAUUUCUCUGAGGGAUGGUAAAAAACACAAUAUUGAUGGUGCAGAACUUUUUUCUGAAUUAAAAAUUCUCAGACAAAUGAUACAUAAAGAAAUUAAUACGUCUAUCGAAGUAUUACAGUUUAUAAAAGAUCUUCAGAAUCCAUUUCCUAAUGCUACUGUAUCACACAGAAUAUUACUAACUAUACCAAUAACUGUAGCCAGUGCAGAACGAUCUUUUUCUAAAUUAAAACUGAUAAAAUCAUAUUUAAGAACAUCAAUGACUCAAGAAAGGCUAACUUCACUUGCAAUAUUAUCUAUUGAAGAAGACAUAGCUUCAAACUUGGACUGCUGGAGUCGGUCUCAACAAUUUACCAACUAA